AUGAGGCCACUGGAUGAGAAGGAGACGACGGCGGUUUUUGAGAAGCUGUUCAAGUUUGUAGGGCCAAAUCUGAAGCACAUCGUCGAGCGGCCGGCCCUCGAGGGGCCGCCGGAGGAGGCCGGCGGCAAGCCCGGGAGAUACUGCUUCCGUCUGCACAAGAAUCGCGUCUACUACGCCAGCGAGUCCCUCGUCCGGCGAGCUACGAACGUGGCGCGCGAUCGCCUGGUGGCGGUAGGGACCUGCAUCGGCAAGUUCACCAAGGGCGGAAGCUUCCGCCUCACCAUCCAUGGCCUCGAUCUGCUGGCCGCUCACGCUCGGCGCAAGGUGUGGGUGAAGCAGACAGCAGAGAAGUCCCUCACCAGCGGGGACCACGUCCUGAAGUCCGAUCUGUCCAGAAUCUCAGAGAAUGUGGUCGCCGGGGAAGGGGUCGUGGUGUUCUCCUCCGGUGAUGUGCCGCUCGCUUUCGGGAUAGCCGCCAAGUCAGCUCAGGACUGCCGGAAGAUGGACCCCAAGGGAAUCGUCAUCCUCAACCAGGCGGAUCUCGGCGAGUACCUCAGGUCCGAGGACGAUCUCUGA